AUGUAUAUAAACACCUGUAAUUCUGUUGGAUUCAUUCUGGGGAUGCACAUAUGUUGGAAUAUGAUUUCGGGCCCCAUGUUCUCCCGCUUUCAGUUGGUUCCACAGCUUUUCAUCAGGCUCGAACAUAGUAAUCUUCCAAACUUCAAAAAAAGAGCUCCAGGACACACGCUACGCCCAUUUAUUUGUAGCAAACGAGUUGUUGUAAAGGCCGGUGACGGUGGUAAUGGCUGUAUUGCUUUUCGACGUAUCUUCUGUAAUCCACACGCUGGUCCUAGUGGUGGAGAUGGUGGUAAUGGUGCUCAUAUAAUUUUUAAAGCUCAUAAAAAUAUAUCCGACUUAUCAAGAAUACCCACUAUGAUAAAAGGCAAUAAUGGUAUCGAUGGUUUGGUGGACAAUUGUCAUGGUGCAAAUGCUGAUCAUGUCUACGUAAAGGUUCCACUAGGUACAAAAGUAUUUUCUGUAAAUAAAACUCUUGUCAACAGUGAAGAUAAUGUGCCCAAAGAAAAUAAAUCCAUUGUUCUAGUGAAAACAUUACAAUCAGAAAAUGAAAUUUUCUUAGCUGCACGUGGUGGUGCCGGUGGUAAAGGUAAUGCUUUUAUGACGUGUACAACAACAGCAGUUGAUUCAAUGAAAGUGCCUAGUAAUCGAAAUACUCCAUUACGCAUAGCUGAACGUGGCGGUGUCGGUGAAUCAAGUGAAUUCAUCCUGCGUAUGUCUAAACUUGCAGACUUGGGAUUUGUUGGUUGUCCUAAUGCUGGAAAAUCAACAUUACUAAAGUGUUUAACAAGAGCUAGACCUAAAAUUGCACCUUAUCCAUUCACAACAUUAAAGCCCAAUGUUGGUAUAUUGAAUCUUCUAUCAGAAAGUCAUGAAAAACUCUAUUCAUCAACUGACCUACCAUCAUCAUCAUCAUCGAACGGUGGUGAUACUUAUUCAAGUCUUUCAGACAACAUUCAUUCUAUUGCUAUUGCUGAUCUCCCAGGUAUUAUUGACGGUGCAGCUGAUUAUAACAAAGGCUUGGGAGCAGAGUUUCUAAGUUUAAUUGCUGACUGUUCAAUUCUUGCUUAUGUUAUUGAUUGUGGGACACUGUGGUGUAAUUAUGGUGUCAAUCAAAUGAAUGAUUUCGAAGAUGAACUUAUCAAUCAGUUGUCUAUGCUUCAUUAUGAAAUAACCACUUAUGAUGCUAAUCUUGGUGAUCAAAAUAGAUGUAUUAUAUUGGGAAGUAAAUUGGAUUUAAUAUUAUCGAAUAAAACAGGCGACAAUUCAGAUAGAGAUCUUGUAGAAAGAUUACAUUGUAUUCUACAUAAAACAGCAUGUAAAGUUGGCAUUAUUAGUGAUACACCCGAAAGUAAAGAUAGAGUGAUGCUACUUUCAGCCAAACGGGGGGAUAA